AUGCUCAGAACAGAAUUAGAGAUUGAACAUAUCGAACAAAUUGAUGGACUAAAACUUAUUCGACCGAAACUUUUUCCGGAUACUCGCGGUUACUUCGUAGAGUCAUACAAUGAGUAUGAAUUAGGUGCUUUAGGGUUUUCCGAGAAAUUCAAGCAGGAUAAUCAUUCCUACUCAAAAUGUGGCGUUUUACGUGGCUUACAUGCACAGCCAGGAAUGGGUAAAUUAGUAUCGGUUAUAAGUGGUGAAAUAUAUGAUGUUGCUGUUGAUAUAAGAUCAAUGUCGAAAACUUUUGGAAAAUGGUACGGUGUUGUUCUCGAUGAAAAGACGCGGACAGCUUUUUGGAUACCAGAUGGUUUUUUGCACGGAUUUUAUGUUUUAUCAGAAGAAGGAGCACAUGUAACAUAUAAAUGUACAGCGAUAUACAAUGAGCAAGUGGAAUUUGGUGUAAAUCCGUUUGACCCAGAAUUAGCCAUUGAUUGGCACAUUAGUAAUUCUUACAAAUUGAUUAUUAGUGACCGAGAUCGAUCUCAUCAGAAUUUGAAGUGUUUAUCAUUUAAGAAAGAAUAA